UUUUGAGUCCUUCACUUGGCCGACUCGGUUUUUCCCUUUUGCACCCCCUCUCCCUCCCGCAGUCCCGCCGAACACUCGACACAAUUUCAGGUUCAGGAGGAGAGAGAAAGCAAAAAUCGAGCUCUAGAGAGAGAAAGAGAGAAGAGAGAUGGUGACGUCGUCGGUGGUGAACACGUAUCCACUGUCGAGCUAUACCUUCGGGACCAAAGAGCCCAAGAUGGAGAAGGACACCUCUGUUGCUGAUCGCCUUGCUCGCAUGAAAGUCAACUAUAUGAAAGAGGGAAUGAGGACGAGCGUCGAAGCAAUUUUACUGGUACAAGAACAUAACCAUCCCCACAUUCUUCUGCUACAAAUCGGAAACACAUUUUGCAAACUUCCUGGUGGCCGUUUGAAGCCAGGAGAGAAUGAAAUUGAAGGCUUGAAAAGGAAGCUGACCAGCAAGCUUGGUGCCAAUUCACCCGCUCUUGUGCCAGAUUGGCAGAUAGGUGAGUGCGUGGCUAUCUGGUGGAGGCCAAACUUUGAAACUAUAAUGUACCCGUACUGUCCUCCCCACAUAACGAAACCUAAGGAGUGUAAGAAGCUCUUCCUUGUUCACUUAUCCGAAAGAGAGUACUUUGCAGUUCCAAAAAAUUUGAAACUUCUUGCUGUUCCAUUGUUCGAGCUCUAUGAUAAUGUUCAGAGAUACGGACCGGUUAUUUCCACCAUUCCACAGCAGCUUUCCAGAUUCCAAUUCAAUAUGAUUACUACAUGAAUAGCAUGUCUUUACUCUUCAGAAGUCACCUGACAGCACUAAGUUUACCGAGGUUCAUACACCUUAAUAUUAGUUUGCGGAUGGCUAAAGCUCAUACUUGGAUUUUAAUUUAUAACUCGACUCUUAGAUAAGUUUUUGAGGAUUCUUCAAUUAUAUAGAUGGCUGAACCUUAUCUUCUGAUGUGGUUCAUCCAUUCUAUCUUUGAUUUGAUUAUUGAGAAUGUUGGUUAGUGUCUUUUGUUAGUUUUGGAACCUUUUUCUUCUAGUAUAAAUUAUGUGGAAGUUUUCGGAGUUGUUAAAUCUUAGAUUUAAGAUCUUUUGCUAUUUAAACGUUUGCUUCUUUCAGAGAAGCAGAAAAUAGUCCGUCAUAUUCUGUUUCUGCGGAGCUUAUUAUGCUUCAAUGUAAUGAUGUUGUAAUUUCAAUGGUGUUACCAGACGAGAUAAAUCUAACAAGCCAUGGUCUUCCUUAUA